AAAAGAGCGGGGGAGAGAGAAAGAAAGGGAGGUUCUUGUGAAGGGGGGGGGAUCUCAUGUGCCCUUUUCGCGUUGAAUUCUCACACGUAUACACACACUUGGUGAAAGAGAAAAAGCAAAACAAAGAAAGGAGAAGGAGAAGAAGAAGAAGAGAGAGAGAGAGAUCGGUUUGUGUCCUUGAAUCUUUUGGGUUUGUAUGAAAAAAGCUAAUUUUGUGGAUUGGUAUUCUGUGAAAAUGCAAAUUUGUCCAAUUUGAAGGCAGCAUCCACACCUGGACCUGACCUCUCCCUGUAAACAACAACCACUUUGAUUUCAUUUGCUGCUGCUGCCUUUGUCUCUGCCUCUGCCUGUGGUGGGGUCCUUGCUGAUAAGCUUGAAUUCUCGCAACAAACACAACCCUCCAAAAAGCAAACGCUCUGAAGAAACUGCUUUUGCUGCUGCUGCCUGCUUCUGCUUUUUCUGGGCGUUUUUCUGCUCAAACCCCAACUCCGGCACACAUCGAAUUCCCUGGAUUUUGAUUUGUAUUUGGCUUUUGGUGUUUUUGCUCCUUUGAAUUCCAAGAAAUGAGAGCGGGGCUGAGUACGAUCCAGCAAACGUUAACCCCAGAGGCGGCAAGCGUCUUGAAUCACUCGAUUGCCGAAGCGGGUCGACGGAACCACGGCCAGACGACGCCGCUACACGUGGCAGCAACCCUUUUGUCCUCCCCCACCGGCUUCCUCCGCCAAGCAUGCAUCAAAUCUCACCCCAAUUCCUCCCACCCUCUGCAGUGCCGAGCUCUGGAGCUCUGCUUCAGUGUGGCUCUGGAGCGGUUGCCCACCGCCCAAAACAUGAGUCCCGGCAUGGAGCCCCCCAUCUCUAAUGCUCUCAUGGCCGCCUUGAAGCGAGCUCAAGCUCACCAGCGCCGCGGCUGCCCCGAACAGCAGCAGCAACCUCUAUUAGCCGUCAAAGUCGAGCUCGAGCAGCUCAUCAUCUCAAUUCUCGAUGACCCGAGUGUUAGUCGGGUCAUGCGGGAGGCUAGUUUCUCUAGUCCCGCAGUCAAAGCCACCAUUGAACAGACGCUCAACUCUUCUGCCGCCGCCGCCGCUCACGCCGCCGUCAAUUCAUCCCCAAUCGGAUUGCAAUUCCGCCCUGCAGGCCCCAUGGUGCCACCCGUGAGCCGGAAUUUGUAUUUGAAUCCGAGGCUGCAGCAGCCGCAGGGAGCUGCAACACAAUCGGUACAACAUAGAGGGGAAGAGGUUAAGAGGGUUGCUGAUAUUUUGUUGAGAACGAAGAAGAGGAACCCAGUUUUGGUUGGCGAUUCGGAGCCUGAGGCCGUGACCAAAGAGCUCUUGCGGAGGAUUCAGAGCAAGGAGUUGGGUGAGGGGCCGCUGAAGAAUGUUGAUGUCCUUCAUUUGGAGGAGGUUGUUUCUUUGGAUAGGAAUCAGAUAGUGUCAAAAAUGAAGGAAUUAGGGGGUUUGAUUGAGACCCGGUUGUUGAAUUUGACCGGGGGAGGGGUCAUUCUUGAUUUGGGUGACUUGAAAUGGCUUGUGGAGCAGCCUGCGAGCUUUGGAGGAGUUCCGGGUCUAGUUUCGUCUCCCGUCCAACAGCAGGUGGUUUCGGAGGCAGGGCGGGCAGCAGUGGGGGAAAUGGGGAAGCUAUUGGCGAGGUAUGGAGAGGGUAGUGCAACUGGUGGCCGGCUUUGGUUAAUUGGGACUGCUACUUGUGAGACCUAUUUGAGGUGCCAAGUCUAUCACCCUUCAAUGGAAACUGAUUGGGAUCUACAGGCAGUGCCAAUUGCUGGCAGAACGCCACUUUCAGGAUUGUUUCCGAGGAUUGGGGCGACCAACGGGAUCCUUAGUAGCUCAGUUGAAUCUUUGUCACCAAUGAAAGGUUUUCCAUCGGCAUCAAUUCCUCAACCAAGACUUUUGUCAGAGAACUCGGAUCCUGCUCGAAGAGAAACAUGUUGCCCGCAAUGUACAGAGAGUUAUGAGCAAGAGCUUGCAAAACUGGUUGCCAAGGAAUCUGAGAAAUCAUCUUCUGAAUCAGACGCAGCUCAACCACCGCUACCUCAGUGGUUGCAGAACGCUAAACCCCGUGAUGUUCAUGCCAGUACAUUAGAUCAGACGCAGACUACGGACCAAAAUUUGAUCCUGAAUCAAAGGACUAAUGAAUUACAGAAGGAAUGGAGAGAUACAUGUUUGCGUCUUCAUCCUAAUUUUCAUCAGCCCAGUUUCAGCUUGAAGAGAAUUAUUCCAACAACCCUCUCAAUGACGGGCUUGUACAAUCCAAACUUGCUUGGUCACCAACCAUUCCAAACCAGAUCACAUGUGAAUAAGAAUCUUGGGACUCUGCAAUUGAACACAAAUCCGCUGACCAGCCAACCAUCUGAACGGGCAAUUUCCCAACCAGAAAGCCCUGUAAGGACAGAGCUGGUUCUUGGUCAAACAGAAGUCACUGAAAUCAACUCCAAGCAAACGCAUAAAGAGCGCAUCAGAGACUUUAUGGGCUGCAUGCCUUCUGAACCACAGAACAAGUUACAUGAAAUGCAAACGGAGGAUAAACAAUUGUGUCAAAUAGAUACUGAUUCAUUCAAAAAGCUGUACAAAGGUUUAAUGGAGGUGUGGUGGCAGCAAGAAGCAGCAGCCUCUGUGGCUGAAACUGUGACACAAUGCAAGUUGGGCAAUGGAAAGAGACGUCGUGCUGGGUCAAGGGGAGACAUGUGGCUGCUGUUUAUGGGCCUGGACAGUGUUGGCAAGAAGAAGAUGGCAUCAGCACUUUCAGAACUGGUAUGUGGGUCCAACCCAGUGAUGAUCAGUCUUAGCUCCCAACGUGGUAAUUUGCAAUCAGAUAUGAGUUUCCGUGGUAAAACAGUGGUGGAUCGAAUAGCAGAAACAGUUAAGAGAAACCCUUUUUCAGUAGUUGUGCUUGAGGACAUUAAUGAAGCUGAUCUGAUAGUUCGUGGUAGCAUAAAACAGGCAAUUGAGAGAGGUCGUCUUGCUGACUCUUAUGGCCGUGAAAUCAGUCUUGGAAAUGUUAUUUUCAUACUUACCGCAAAUUGGUUGCCAGAAAAUCUUAGGCCCUUGUCAAAUGACAAUUCACUUGAAGAAAAACUCGCCAGUAUUGCGAGGAGCAGUUGGCAGUUAAAGCUAUCGGUCUGUGCUAGGGCUGCAAAACGCCAUGCCAAUUGGUUAACAGAUGAAGACAGGGCCACAAAGCCUAGGACAGAUACUGGUUCAGCAUUAGGAUUCGAUCUGAAUGAAGCUGCGGAUGCUGAGGAUGACAGAACAGACGGCUCGCUUAAUUCAAGUGAUCUUACGGUUGAUAAUGAAGAUGACAAUCGUCUCAAUAACAGAACCUUACUCAAAGUCACAACCGCAUCAGUACCCCGGGAAUUACUGGAUAGUGUUGAUGAUGCCAUUGUGUUCAAGCCAGUGGAUUUCAAUCCCAUUCGGCAAAACAUCACAAACUCCAUCAAAAAAAGAUUCUCAAAAAUAAUGGGUGAGGGGAUUUCAUUUGAAUUACCAGAGGAUGCUGUUGAAAAGAUCCUGACCGGGAUAUGGCUAGGCCGGACUGGCUUAGAGGAAUGGGCAGAAAAGGUUCUCGCCCCGAGCAUCCAGCAACUCAAGUCCUACCUUGGUGGCAGCACUGGUGUGAUAGCCGACGAGUCAUUGGUGGUGAGGCUUGAAUCUGAUGGUGCUUCGGACGACCGGAGCCCUGGAGAUAGGCUCCCUAGUAGCAUCAAUGUGGGUGUGGUGCCUGAUGGGUUGAGACAACGAUGAUGUUGGGUAGGGGGGGGGAAUAGAGUUGGUAUUUUUCAUAUUGUAUAUAUGAUCAAUGGUGUGGGGGGUAGUCAAAGACAUCUGGGAUUUGGGAGGGUAAAUCGGUAAAGAUAAAAACCGUUACAGGAGGGAAAACUUUGGAUAGAUUGACGGAACCAUUUUUGUUUUUCCCUUCCUUUUUCUUUAUUAUUUUCUCAUGUUUUCAGCUCUAAAGUUUAUAGCAUCUUAUAAUCAUAAAUAUUUAUUAAUUACAUGUUAUAAUUGAUUAAUAAGAUGAGGCAUUUCCUCUCAUGGA